AUGAAUGCGAAAUCACCUAAAAUAUGUUCAAAGAAGCUACCAUUUACUUCUUCGGAAAGAGAAUUAAUUGUCGCUUUAGUGCGGGAGCGGCCCAUUAUUGAGGAUAAGCGUACACACGCUCAAAACAUAGAGUUAAAGAAGAAGGCCUGGGAUGAACUGACGAUUGCCUAUAAUGCACAGUCCUAUAUUACGCCUAGGAAUAACAUUCAAUUAAAAAGAUGUUGGGAAAAUAUAAAAUCUCAAAGAAAGAAGGAGCUUUCUCUAGAGUCCACGCAUAUGAGACGUACAGGUGGAGGACCACCGGAAGGUGGCCCCACUUUAUUAUCAGAUAAUGUUGUGGAUGCAAUUUGUCCAUUCAUAAAUUUAACUGUUCCAGGGGUUAUUGACUCCAAUUCUAUAGAAAUUUCAGAUGACUUGACACAAAGUGAAGUAGAUAUAAAAAAAGGAACUAAUAAUAAUGUUUUGAAUCUUGAAGUAGUGACUGGAAGUAACACAAAAAUUGUUACCAACUUAGAUGAAUCGGAAAACUGUGACGAUUACAUUGAGGUUAUGAAUGUGGAUACUAAUUUUAUAAGCGAAGUACACAAUAAUGUUCCCUCUAAACCAAAAAAACGAAAGGAAAUAUCUACUACUACCAAAGGUCUUAAGAAAUUUUGUAGUGAAACAGAAGUGAGAAUAAAGCGAUGCACCAUAAAUAUGCAACAGGAUGCAGAAUUGCAUGAAUUAAGGCUUAAUAGAGAGAGGGUUCUGUUAAAACGGGAAAAAAAUUUAAUUAACUUUGAGAAGCAACUCCAUAGUUUACAAUUAGAAAAAAUUAAGAUGGAAAUAGAAUUAUUAAAAAAACAACUUGAAAAUUGA